AUGCAAGUACUUCGACAGCUACCACAUCAACACCAGCUUGCAUCCUCUCCGUCUUCAUCUUGUGAUAUCAAAUCUAUCUAUGCUUCCGAAAAAGUCCGAGAUGCGAUUCGGGAUCAUGAACAGGCGAUUGCCACGUCAUCAGCCCCAAAGAACAAAGCUAAAGUCGUUGUGUUGGGAGAUUCUGGAGUUGGAAAGACUUCAAUCAUCUAUCGUCAUCGUUAUGGAGCCCACUAUCGUCCAGUCAAUGCAACUAUUGGAGCAUCUUUUGUCUCUUUCGAUGUUGGAGAUGCUCGAGAUGACAUGGUUCGUCUUCAAGUUUGGGACACGGCUGGACAAGAAAGAUUUCGGUGUAUGGUUCCGAUGUACAUGAGAAACGCAGAAGCUGCUCUAAUUGUAUACGACGUCACUGAUCGAAGCACUUUUGAAGACGUCGAAAAGUGGCUGAAGGACCUGGAUAGAUCCAGUGGAACAGAGGAUGCGAACGUAUUUCUGAUCGCGAACAAAACGGAUCUAACUGAGAAGCGAGAGGUUUCGGAAUUUCGAAUUUUAACCAAAUAUUCAAACAAAUUCAAAUUUAUACAUUUUCCAGUGUUCGCUGCAAUCCUAUCCGAAUUAGCCGAAGAUGUUCUACAAAGCCGCCAACAAACAUCCGAAAAGAAACAAGAACUCACCUUGAUCCGAAAGGACAACGUCGCUCUUGCAGAGGACAAAUUUGAUGACAACCCAAACAUCCAACUGAAAUCUCGAAAAUCAAAGUGUUGUUCUAUGCUCUAA